AUGAUUCUAUUUCUUCUUUUCUUAUUAUUUAUCGGCUUUCUAUUCUAUGAUUUUUAUUGGAAAAGAAGAGGUUUACCACCGGGUCCAACCCCACUCCCAAUUUUCGGAAAUCUUAUCCAAGUUUUCCUCAACCGACCCGGUUAUGAAGUCUUCACGAAAUGGAGAAAAGAAUAUGGACCUGUUUUCACUUUUUGGCUAAGUUUCAAACCGGUGUUUAUUGUGGCCGACUAUGAAACGAUUAAAGAAUCGAUUAUAAAAGAGGGCGAUAAAUACUCGGAUCGUUACGUUUUCAAGGAGUUCAAUGAGGUGCUCAGGGGUGGAACUUUUGGCUUGAUCAGCUCACAAGGAGAUCUUUGGAGAGAGCAAAGAAGAUUCACUUUGCACACUUUAAGAGAUUUCGGUAUGGGAAGGAAUUUGAUGGAGGAAAGGAUCAUGAUCGAAGUAGAGCCACUAAUGGAAAGGAUGGCUCAGCAGAAAGAGGACAUAUUUAUGCAGAAAGAGUUCGAUACAGCCGUUGGAUCAAUCAUCAACAAUAUCGUCUUUGGAUAUCGUUUUGAUGAGCAACACCUUGACGAGUUUGAGCUCGUAAAGAAAGCUCUCCGACACAUGAUCGUCGCUGGAACGAAUCCGAUUUUCAUUCUUUCCGCCACUCUGCCUUUCAUUCGAGGAUGGCCAAUUUUUAGGGGAAUUUACUCCGAAGUGCUAGCGAACAAUCAAAUUCUCUUUGACUUUAUUCAGCGACAAAUCGAUAAUCGAAGAAAAAAUGUCGACUUUGAUACUGAGGAAUACGAUGAUUUUGUUGAGUGUUGGUUGAAAGAGCAACGGAAGAAGAAGGGCUCAAUUCAUGAGGGAUAUUACACAGAUAUUCAACUCAGAAAUCUUGUUUUCGACAUCUGGAUUGCUGGAAUGGAAACCACGUCAAACACCCUCACUUGGGCAGUUUGCUACAUUUUGAACUACCCAGAAGUGCAAAGAAAAAUGCACGAAGAGUUGGAUCGAGUGAUCAAAUCGGAUCGAAAAGUUACGCUCGCUGACAAAAAUCAAUUGCCUUACAUCAACGCUGUUGUUUCAGAAAUUCAACGCCUAGCCAACUUGCUUCCGCAAAAUCUGAUGAGACUUGUCACCGAGGAUGCGGUGAUUAAAGGCUACAAGAUCCCGGCUGGAUCAGCUGUGAUGCCUCAAAUUGCGACUAUUUUGUAUGAUGACAAGAUUUUUCCCGAUCCGUAUAUAUUGAAACCGGAACGUUUCCUCAACCCCGACGGAACCUUCAAAACUUAUCCCGAGCUUGUCCCGUUUUCUGUUGGAAAGCGACAAUGUCCUGGUUUCAAACCAGCUGUCAUUAUUGCCGAUUGGGAGACAAUCAAGGAAUCGAUAAUCAAAGAGGGUGACAAAUACGCUGACCGAUAUGUGCCCGAAGAUUUCGUGAGGGUUUUGAGAGGUGGCUAUUAUGGAAUCAUCAACUCAAAGGGCGAUCUUUGGAGAGAACAAAGAAGAUUUGUUCUGCACACUUUGCGAGAUUUUGGAAUGGGAAGAAAUCUGAUGGAGGAAAGGAUCAUGCUCGAGAUGGACUACUUUAGUGAAAGAGUGGCAAAGCUGAAGAAGGGCAUAAAUUUACAGAAAGAAUUUGACACGGCUAUCGGCUCUAUCAUCAACAAUAUUCUUUUUGGAUAUCGCUUUGAUGAGGAACACCAGCACGAGUUUCAUUUGGUGAAGAGCGCUCUCCGUAGCAUCAUUGUCGAUGGAUCGAGUCCACUCUUCUUGGUAGCCGCUUUCGUUCCAAUCACAAGGGGAUGGCCAGGAUUUAAAGGGGCUUUUGAUAAAACGAUCAACAACAACGAAACGAUGAUGAACUUUAUUAAGAAACAGAUUGCCAUACGGAGAGCACAAGUCGAUUUAGAGUCAGAAGGUUACGACGAUUUUGUGGAAUGUUAUCUAAAAGAACAACACCGAAAGAAGGGCUCGAUUCACGAGGAUUUUUAUUGUGAGAUUCAACUAGUCAACACGGUGUUGGACAUCUGGAUGGCUGGAAUGGAGACCACGUCGAACACUCUCACCUGGGCUUUCUGCUAUAUUUUGAAUCAUUUGGAGGUUCAAGAGAAAAUCCACGAAGAGUUGGAUCGAGUGAUCAAAUCGGAUCGCAAAAUCACGAUGGCCGAUAAAAACUCGUUGCCAUAUCUGAAUGCAGUUGUAGCUGAAGUACAACGGUGCGCCAACUUGCUUCCCCAAAAUCUGAUUCGAUCGACGAGUGAAGAUGUGGUGAUUGGAGGAUACAAGCUGCCGGCGGGGACAGCUGUUAUCCCACAAAUCGCAACGGUGCUCCUCGAUGAGAAGGUGUUCCCUGAUCCAUACGAGUUCAACCCUGAUCGUUUUUUGAAUAAAGAUGGAACCUUCAAGACUUAUCCAGAGCUUGUCCCGUUUUCCGUCGGCAAGCGACAAUGUCCUGGAGAGGGAUUGGCACGACUUGAGCUUUAUUUGUUUAUAGCAAACAUUUUACAGAGAUUUAAGAUCUCCGCUGACACUGUGCCAUCAAUGGAGAAAACCGUCGGUCAAGUGAUGACCGCAAAGAGCUAUUGCUGUAAUUUUGAGGAGAGAAGA